CCCUCACAGCUCAAACAUGUCUCGCGUAUGCCUCUCACUAAUCUCAGCUCUGUUGCUGCUGUCGCCCACCUGGGCGGGCAUUGGCUACCUGGCCGACGAGCACGCCGUGGCGCACACCCAGCAGAAUGUGGUCAGGAGCUACGACGGCACCGUCUCCCACUAUGCCAAGUCCGUGUCGACGCCCUACUCCCAGGUGCACAAGCAGGACACACGCAUCAGCAACAAUGUCUACCAGCCAGCCAUAGCCAAGACGAUCAGCUAUGCCGCUCCAGCUCCAACUGUCUAUGCAUCGCAUCAGCCUGCCGUCUACAGCCAGGCUCCAGUCUACCAUCAGCAGCAGCAGCAGCAGCAGCAGUACCAGCAGUCCAUUCCGGCUGUCCAGACCACCUACGCCAGCCACCAGCCCAUUGCGGUGCACUACUCACCCGCUGAGGCGGUCUCCCACAUGAGCUUCGAUGGUUUCGGCACCCACUGGGGAUACUAAGGAGGCAAUUUCAAAUAGUUUUAAGACUUUUGCAUUCA